AUCUCAUGUCAACAUUAGAGGGGUUAAUAUCCUCUUCAUGUGCAGUCUGACAGACAGGAGUCAUGGCUCUCCUCAGUGUUCUCACACCAGUGCUGGUAGUGAUUUUUUGUCUGGUCCUUGGGUUUAUGCUGCUGAAGUCUCAGCAGACUGCACCAAUAACUAACCCCAGACCGUGGGUUGAUCAGGAUUUACAGGACAGCACAGAAACAACAGAGAAAGAGGAUGAGGUGGACAGCAGUGAAGAGCACUGUCAACAAGUGCCGUUCUCCACACAACGUUAUUCUGAGGAAACCAUGCUGAAGAGGAGCAAAGAUUUCUACAUGCUGAUGAAUCAGCGAAGGACGGUUCGGUUUUUCAGCACGGAGCCGGUGCCUCUAGAAGUCAUCGAUAAUGUCAUCCACACUGCAGGCACAGCCCCUAGUGGAGCUCAUACAGAACCCUGGGUAUUUGUGGUGGUAUCUGAUGCUGAUUUGAAGCACCAGGUAAGACUGAUCAUAGAGGAGGAAGAGGAAUUGAACUACCGUCAGAGGAUGGGCGAUAAGUGGGUCCAAGAUUUGUCCAAAUUAAAAACAAACUGGAUUAAGGACUAUUUGGAUGAUGCACCAUACUUGAUCCUUGUCUUCAAACAGACUUAUGGAAUUUUGUCAAACAACAAGAAAAAGACACAUUAUUACAACGAAAUUAGUGUCUCAAUAUCCUGUGGAAUUCUACUUGCUGCACUGCAGAACGUAGGUCUUGUGACCGUCACAUCCACUCCUCUCAACUGCGGCCCCAGGCUCAGGCUGCUGCUCAAGCGGCCAGUCAAUGAGAAGCUGCUGAUGCUGCUCCCUGUUGGUUACCCUGCACCAGAUGCUACUGUUCCUGAUCUUGCACGCAAGCCAUUGGAUAGAAUUGUUGUACACCUGUAAAAUAAACAAUUUCAUGAGGUGCUUUAAUGUGAUUGAUGCUUGCAAUUAUUACAGCCAUAUAAUAGAUUAAAAUAUAAUACACACAAA